UACUAUAUUUUACUUACUCAGCAAUCUAGUUUCGAGAACAACCCUUUUUUUUCCCCCGUGAAUUUCAACAUGCGGUCAUUCAUCCUCGUGGUGUUAACCGCAGUAAUCCUCUCUGACCUUUCAAUCAAGGAAACGAAAGCUGACGUGAGACUCUACAGGAGAUAUCGAUUGAAUAAGGACAAACGAGGUGCAGCAUCCGAUUAUUCCACGAGUAGUUACGCUCAAGCUACACCAACUCAAUCACAAUCAACUUCCUCAUCGUCGUCGCAAGCCAAUUAUGCUCUGAGUCCAGGAAUUCAAAGUUUUGCUGGUUUAGGUGGUUUUGGUAGCUCCUUAGGUCAUGGACUUCAAUUUACUGAUUCCUCACCAGCUGCAGCGAGUCAUGGUGCAAAUCUUGGCUACGGCCUGAAUCUUGGUCACGGUUACAAUCUGGGAACACUAUCAUUAGGUGAUCAGGGGAAUUUAAUUAUGCCAACGCAAACAAAAACGGGACCAGUUACUUUUAAUGGUCAAUUAGCAGGCACAGCUGGAGCCUCAAAUAGUUAUCCUUCAUCAGCACUUUACGGUGGAAUACAAGGAAUGGCGACAAUUGGUGGUCAAUCCGGAAGUUAUAACAUACCACUAAUACUGGCAGCAUCACCUGCUUCAAACUACGCCUUUCCGGCAUCAUCAGCAAUGUCUGGAGCACAUGGAUUGUCUCUAGCUAAUCUGGGCUCUGGUGGAUCACAGAGUUACAGUCAUUCAGUUUCUGGUUCACAACAACCAGUUACUGGCGGUAUUCUUAUUGCCACAUCGCCUAUGUCUUCUUCCAAAUACAGCCUUCCAUCGUCAACAUCAUCUCAGGGUGCUAUUAUUUAUGCUCCUAUUUCUUCGGCUUAUGGAUCAUCCAACGAAAUAGAUGGUGGUUCAAGUAGUACAAAUUAUGUUCAACCAAUUCCAUCAUACGGUGGUUCUAAUACCGGAACCAGUUCUCUUACAAAAUAUGUACCAGCUUCCUCUGAGGGAAGUGCGUACGCAGCUAGCGAAUCUUCCAAUAGUAUUUCAAACAGUAAUUACAGAAUUCCAAAUUCUGCUUACAGUUCUCCUAGCUCCAGUUAUAGUUCCCCUAGCUCUAGUUAUAGUUCUUCUAGCCCUAAUUAUGCUUCUUCUAGUUCAAGUUAUAGUUCCCCUAAUGCUUACAGUCCAAUAAGUUCCAGUUACAGUUCUCCAAGUUCCAAUUAUGUUUCUCCAGUGGCAAGUUACAGUUCUUCAAGUAGUCAAAAUCAAGCAAGUCCAAGUUAUGCAACUGGCAAUUAUCAUUCUCCCAAUUAUUCCGGAAGUACCAAAGGAGGAACUGGUAUCAGCUAUGCUAAUUCUGGUGCUAGUUAUGCUAGUCCAAGUGUCAGCUAUUCUAGCCCUAGUUCUAGCUAUUCUCAUCCCAGUUCCAGUCAAUCAGUAAGUGGACAUAAUUUUGCGGGAACCAAUUAUGGUUCACCAAGUGUCAGCUACUCUGGUGGUAAUUUGAAUCACUUGACACAAAGUGCUAGCUACUCGAAUCCAUCUGUUUCAUAUGUUAGUGCUGAUUCUGGUCAUUCUGGAUCAAGUGGUUAUACUACAAGUUAUUCUAAUCCUACAUCAUCUCACAGCUCGCAAGGAGAUUUAUCCGGAGCUUAUGCUGGCUUAACCACCAAAUAUCUUAGAUAUCCAACGACUAAAGUUGCUGAAAAGAAACAAUCCGACUUGUCGGAAUACGAUACAAUUUCAUAUUCAGGUCCCACUGGAUUGUCAUAGUUUUAUAAAUAUAUUAUCAAAAAAAAAAAAUUCCAGUUAUUUUGGAAACUGGAACACUGACGCAACUCCAGUUGAUGCAAUAUCAAAAACGUUAUUAUAAUUAAAAAUUUUUCACUUUCAAUUGAUUCUGAUUGACAAAAUUAAGGAUAAAAAUUUUUAAUUUACAUUCUUUUGAAUACUGUCGAUAAAAAAUUAUAGAAAUUAUAAUUAUCAAGCUUCAAAGUUUGAAUAAUUUCUUAAAAAUGUUUAGAAUGGAAAAUUGGAAAAAUCUUUAAAACGAUUAUGAUCAGAAUUUUCAAAUAGGUUUUUCUUUACUAAAAAUAUUUAAACAUUAAAAUAUUUGUAUUUAUGCAAUAUUUUAGACUCAAAUGUUUGUACUUCAAAUACACCAAUUUUCUUUUAUCUAAACUAUAUUUCUUAAUUGACGUGUUCUAGGAUAUCAAUUUUUUAUAAUUUUCUUAUUUCAAAGAAAAGUUUCAACUAUUCUCAUUGAUUAAGAAUAUUUCUCGUAUUCAACUGGAACGUAGACAAUCGAGGCUCCGAAAUUUUUUUUUUAAUUAAAAAUAAUUAUUGUAUAAGAAUAGUUUGUAUUUAUUUAUGACUUUUUGACUAUUGUUGAAUUUGUUAUAAGUUUUACAGCACUAAACUGUGAUGUGUGUUUUUUUAGUGUUAAAAUCUUUUUUUUUUUUUAAUAAAAACUUGUUUCUUAUA